UUCUCUACAUUAAAGUUUAAACUAGAAGACUAUUAAAUACAUUACCUUGUAAGUAAUCAAUUUUAUCAUCAAUUUUCUAAGCAAACCCCACAAGAAAAAAGUGUUACGUACUGCGACUUUUCUAACUCUGAAAAAGACUGGUAUAUAGUCAUUAGCUUCUACAGAAAACGGUAAACACAAGAAUUGAAUUUUCAGGAUAAGUUGUGAACUGCUAAUGGAAGAACAUUUGGUUUUGCGUGUUGACCAUCUCAUCACACCUGAAUCUUUGCACUCUCUGUCACGGUCUGAGGAUGCAGUUGGUACGUCCUCAGCUAUUGAUACUAAGGAGGAGGAAAAUCCAGGAGCUGGAGAUGAAGAAGAGCCAUUACUUCAGACUGUGGAAUGCCGGAUAUGUCAGGAAGAAGAUAGCUUGAAAAAUUUGGAGAUUCCUUGUCGUUGCAAUGGCAGCUUGAAGUAUGCUCAUAGAAAAUGUGUUCAGCGAUGGUGUGAUGAAAAGGGGGAUAUAACUUGCGAGAUUUGCCAUCAGUCAUAUCAACCCGGCUACACUGCUCCGCCCCUGCCUCCUCAAUCUGAUGAUACAGCCAUUGACAUCAGUAGAGGUUGGACAGUGGGUGGCACUCAAGUUGACUUGCAUGAUCCUCGACUUCUUGCAAUGGCUGCUGCGGAACGUCGUCUUCUAGAGGCUGACUAUGAUGAAUAUGCUGAUUCAAAUGCUAGUGGAGCUGCAUUUUGUCGUUCUGCCGCUUUAAUUUUAAUGGCCCUUCUGUUAUUGAGGCAUGCUAUUGGAAAUGCUGAUGAGGAUGAGGAUGAUGUUUCCACCUUUUUCUCUCUUUUCCUGCUCCGUGCUGCUGGUUUCCUUUUACCUUGUUACAUCAUAGCUUGGGCAAUCAGUAUAUUGCAGCGUCGCAGGCAAAGACAGGAGGCAGCAGCAUUGGCAGCAGCUGAAGUUGCUUUCUUGGUACAGGCUGGGCAACACAGGGGCUUGCAUGUCACAGUCGCACCUGGGCCCGCACUGCCAACAGAGCCUUCGACAACACCUGGACGGGCAACAACUCCUCAGGCGGCAGUACCACCGGAACAGGUGGCAACUCCUCAUCUGCAACCAGUAUAAAAGCUGUCUUUGUUUCGUUAUCUAUUUGUUUGAUAAGUUGAUUGCACUGAUGAGUUACAUAGGCGGGGAAAGAUUUUUCUCGUUUCGUUUUUAAUCAUUUACCAGCUGUAUCUUUGCACGCAAAAGCUCCAAAUUUCCUAUUUUGUUAUGUUUGUACAUAUCAAAACAUUGCAGCCAGUAGGUUGGCGUGGGAGUCUUUGCCCUCCAUGGGUCAGUUACAACUUUAUCAGGUCGUUGCUUCAAUGGUGUAGAUACCAUAUCGUCACAUCAUAUUAAUCGAUUACUGUUAUCAAUAUCGUUUAUUCUUCUCAA